UAGUUGGUGCGGGCACGCGAGACACGAAGAAACGACACACUCUCUCGGAAAUCGGAAAUGUGCUAAAGGAUACACGAGCCGAGAUACAGAUUCGAGAUCAUGGCGGCCUGUUAUAAUGCCUACAGCGCGGGAUCGCAGUCCUUCGACUUUGACGAGGACGACGACGACGCCUCCUUCGACAGUGGCUACGAGAAAAGCUUCGAAACGGAGGCCCAGCUGAGUUCCCGCCGGCGCCUGGACUUCGAGGACCGCUAUGGCGGCACUCCGCCGAAUCCGGCGGUCCAGCUGCCGUACUCCGGCGCCUGGGAGGCCGUACCGCUCAACUCACCGCCGGCGGGAUCGGGAUCUGGAUUCGUCGGCCUGCUGGACACGAGCAGCAAUCACAGCACGCGGAGCGGCAGGACACUGGUGGAGCACCUGAACAGUCGGGCCUCGACCAGCACCUUCGAUCCACCGCUGACCAGCACGCCGAUGAAGUCGCCCGAGGAUCCGGAUGCGCCGCGACAGAAGCGCAAAUAUGCCGUCGGCAAGAACAGGGUGACUCGGUCGCGCAGUCCCACCCAGGUGGUGAGGAUCAAGCGGUUCCGCCGGAUGAAGGCCAAUGAUCGGGAGCGCAAUCGGAUGCACAACCUCAACGAUGCCCUGGAGAAACUGCGGGUCACACUGCCAUCCCUGCCGGAGGAGACGAAGCUGACAAAGAUCGAGAUCCUGCGUUUUGCCCACAACUACAUCUUUGCGUUGGAGCAGGUGCUGGAAAGCGGGGGAUCUAUCAACCUGGAUCUGGAGAAGCUGCAGAACUUCACGCUGAGUGGUGAGAGGAUCACAAAGGAGCUGUUCGAUGCUCUGUUCGUGAAUCCACAACCGUUUCCCAUGUUCGGAGGCAGGAUGUUUCCCUAUGGCCAGGGCCUGGCUCCUCUUGCCCAGAAUCAGCCAGCUCCGACCCCACAUGCCGAGCAUCAUGCGUCGAUGGGGGGCUUCCAGCAGGGCAUGGACUACCCGCAGCCGCAGCCGCCGCCAGGAUUCGACUUCACAGGCAGCAUGCGGUUCUACCACCAACAGCAGCAGCAGCCAUCCCAGCCUCCGCCUCACCAUAUGCAGCCUAAUCCCCAGCAGGAGUCCAGCCCGCAGCAGUUCUCGCAGGAGAAAUACGAUCUCUUCAGGGGCUCCUUUGAGGCAGCUGCCAAUCUCCAGCCUGCCAGCAUGGAUUCUGGGAUUCACCAGCAGAGCAGCUUCUACACGCAGACGCCGCCGUGGAAGGACUAUCCGGAGGAUCAGACACAUCCGCAGGCCAUUCCACAUCCACACUCCUACAAACAGUUCGCCCCGCAGGUGUAGCACAGUUUUGGGGGCCAAAACUGCUAUCUUAGGUUUUUCAGCGUGAUAUAUUUAAAGAUUGCAUCGAUUUGCAGGAAACUGAUUUAAAGAAAUCCUCAAAAGAUGCCCCCUAACUUACUUUGAAAAUAAAUUAAAGUAACUUAGGGGACUCAUCUUAUGAUUUCCUUACUUUACUUUCCUCGAAUUCCGUUGUAAUCCGUUGAUAUUGGUAGUAAGUGAGACAAUAAUUGACUGCUUAGAUUAUCCUUAUAUUUGGAACUUACAAAACAUACAGUUCCAAACUCAAACUAAUCUUUGAAGUCAAUUGUUAUGUUAUAGAGAGAUCUCCAAAAGAUGAAGCAAUGCUUUUUUAUAAAAAACAAACACAAUUUAUAUUUAAGUUAUACAAAGUCAAUAAUUUUAGAUUUGCAUUGGUUUCUUUUUUGCGGAUCUCUAGUGAAUAUUUGAAUUAAGAUUGCUUAAUUGGAACAUUUCCAAAGUAGCACUCUUCUUCUCAACAUAUUCCUUGACUAUUUGAAUAUAUAGUACAAAUCGGUUGUCCAUUUAGUGUAAGCGGAUACGUACCUUGCCAUCGUAGACUUAAGCCUAUUAUUAAGCACUGAAAUGUACCAGGUAUUAGCUAUAAUGAAAUGCACAAUCGAUUAAGUAUAUGUAGGUUAUGCCAGAGUCUAUAUCAGUUAUUGCAGUGCAAGAAAAGCGAGCUAGUCAGGGCCACAACUUUAAAGUGAUAAGAUUGAAUUUCGAUGUAAAGCCAUAAAGAUUUAUUUUUGCAAAUAAAGUUGACGAUCAAAACGA